GUCAAAGGACAAGGCUGCCUGCCUUGGUGUUUACAGGGGUGUUGAUGUGGCGCGAGAGAGGGAGGAACGUACUGAGAGAGGGAGGAACGUACUGAGGGGAAAGACAUGAGAGAGAGAGGUAGAAGAGCACGUGGAAGGUACAGUACAGGGAAUGAGAGAUGAGUGUAGAUGGAUACAGUGACAUUAGAUGCAUGGGAACCGUUUCAGUGAAGGAGGUGGAGAAAGAUCAGGACGAGAGUCUUUUGAAGGCCAAGGUUUGGGGUGCUCCUCUACAUAAUAUCCUGCUAUUACAUGGUAGCAAGACCUGAAGACAAGAGGGUGUGCAAGAUGGCAGUGUGGAUCCAGGCCCAGCAGCUCCAGGGGGAUGCACUACACCAGAUGCAGUCUCUCUAUGGACAGCACUUCCCCAUCGAGGUGCGCCACUACCUGUCCCAGUGGCUUGAGGGCCAACUCUGGGAUGUGAUCGAUCUGGAGAACCCCCAGGAAGAGUUUAAGGCCAAGCGUCUGCUGGACAGCCUGAUCCAGGAGCUGCAGAACAAGGCUGAGCAUCAGGUGGGAGAGGACGGCUUCCUGCUCAAGAUCAAACUGGGACACUACGCCAGCCAGCUCAAGAGCACGUAUGACCGCUGUCCUCUGGAGCUGGUGAGAUGCAUCAAACACAUCCUGUACACGGAGCAGAGGCUAGUUCGAGAGGCCUCUAAUUCGAGCUCCCCAGUGGGCGGGAUGAUGGACAGCAUGUCCCAGAAAUACCAGCAGAUCAACCAGGUGUUCGAGGAGCUGCGCCUGCUGACCCAGGACACAGAGAACGACCUGAGAAAGCUCCAGCACAACCAGGAGUACUUCAUCAUCCAGUACCAGGAGAGCCUCCGCAUCCAGGCCCAGUUGACCAGCCUGGCCACACUGCCCCCUGCUGACAGACAGCUGAGGGAGCCCACCUUACUGAGCAAGAGAGCCACCGUGGAGGCCUGGCUCACCCGGGAGGCCAACACACUACAGAAAUACAGACUGGACCUGGCAGAGAAGCACCAGAAGAGCCUACAGCUGCUGAGGAAGCAGCAGACCAUCAUCCUGGAUGACGAGCUGAUCCACUGGAAGAGACGGCAACAGCUGGCCGGCAACGGGGGUCCUCCGGAGGGGGGGCUGGACAUCCUGCAGUCCUGGUGUGAGAAGUUGGCAGAGACUAUCUGGCAGAACAGGCAGCAGAUCAGGAGAGCAGAACACCUGAGACAACAGCUGCCCAUCCCUGGCCCCAUCGAGGAGCUACUGAACGACCUCAACAGCACCAUCACAGACAUCAUCUCAGCACUGGUCACCAGCACCUUUAUCAUAGAGAAGCAGCCUCCCCAGGUGCUGAAGACCCAGACCAAGUUUGCCGCCACAGUGCGCCUCCUAGUGGGCGGGAAGCUCAAUGUGCACAUGAACCCCCCGCAGGUCAAGGCCACCAUCAUUAGUGAACAGCAGGCCAAGGCCCUGCUCAAGAACGAGAACACCAGGAAUGACAGCAGUGGAGAGAUCCUUAACAACAACUGUGUGAUGGAGUACCACCAGGCCACAGGAACACUCAGCGCCAACUUCAGGAACAUGUCUUUGAAGAGGAUCAAGCGCUCGGACCGGCGAGGGGCAGAGUCUGUGACAGAGGAGAAGUUUACCAUUCUGUUUGAGUCCCAGUUCAGCGUCGGGGGUAAUGAGCUGGUCUUUCAGGUUAAGACGUUAUCACUUCCUGUGGUGGUGAUCGUCCACUGUAGCCAAGAGAAUAACGCCACGGCAACGGUGCUGUGGGACAACGCUUUUGCCGAACCAGGUCGGGUGCCCUUCAUAGUGCCUGACAAGGUGCUGUGGCCCCAGCUGUGUGAGACCCUCAACAUGAAGUACAAGGCGGAGGUGCAGAGUAACCGUGGCCUCUCAGAGGAGAACCUGGUCUUUCUGGCCCAGAAAGCCUUCAGUAGCUCCAGCAUCAACCCUGAUGACUACCGCGGCAUGACCAUGACCUGGUCCCAGUUCAACAGGGAGAGUCUGCCUGGCAGGAAUUUCACGUUCUGGCAGUGGUUUGAUGGGGUCAUGGAACUCACGAAAAAACAUCUCAAACCACACUGGAAUGAUGGGGCGAUACUGGGCUUUGUGAACAAGCAGCAGGCCCAGGACAUGUUGAUGUCCAAACCCAACGGGACCUUCCUGCUCCGCUUCAGCGACUCUGAGAUCGGAGGGAUCACCAUCGCCUGGGUGGCUGAGAAUCCCAACAAACCAGGGGAGAGGAUGGUGUGGAACCUCAUGCCCUACACAACCAAAGACUUCUCCAUCCGCUCUCUGGCUGACCGCAUCAGUGACCUCAACCACCUCCUGUUCCUCUACCCAGACAGACCCAAGGAUGAGGUCUUUUCCAAAUACUACACGCCACCCCUGUCCAAAGCAGUGGAUGGAUACGUGAAACCGCAGAUCAAACAAGUGGUACCAGAGUUCACCACGGCCAAUCUUGACCCAGCAGCAAACCCCACCUACAUGGAUCACGGAGCCUCCCCUACUGUCAGUCACCCUCAAACCUACGGCAUAUACCCACCUAUGAGUGACUCCAUGUUAGAUGCGGACGGUGACUUUGACCUGGAUGACACCAUGGACGUGGCGCGACACGUUGAGGAGCUGCUGCGGCGACCGAUGGAGAGCCAAUGGAGCGGCCAGCAGUCGUGACCCUCAAUCUCUGACCCCUGACACCAACAAAAGAACUUCGCCCCUUUCGACAUUUCUGAUGGUUUAAUUCCAUUCAUUUCCUCCUGUUUUAUUUCAGAUAGCUAUAAUGUGAAAUGUUAAUAAUGGUUGUGAUUGUCUUUUUGUUUUUUCUUUUCAGCAUGCAAACUGCAUGUCAGUUACCUUUUUUUUUUUUUUUACGACUAUGUUACAAUAUUGUAUGAAAAAAAGAAAGAAAUGACAUUCAAUUCACGCAUGUAUUUUAGUUUUGUCAUAAUUCUAACAAAGAUUUUUGAAGAGCACUCUCCACAACCGGUAUGAAGUCAUUUAAACAGUUGUAUUGUUUUUAUUUUUGAUUAGUUAUUUUAUUAUUGUGAAUGGUUUAUCAACAGUAUUUUUUUCAUUGAAUCCACCCUCUGCCAAAAAAGAGAAACUUAAAUGAAGAAUUUGUUGUUAUUAUUGACAACAUCAUUGGAUUUGUUGCUAAGGGAAGUUUCAAUCAGUAGUAUAGUAAGUCUGACUCUGUACACACUAAACUCCAAGCAGAAUGGCUCUCAUUUCA